GUCCACAGUCUCUGGUCAUCCCCUGUACUAUCUGCAGUCUCUUGGUCAUCCCCAUGUACUGUCUGCAGUCUCUAGGUAAUCCCCAUGUACUGUCUGCAGUCUUUGGACAUCCCCUGUACUGUCUGCAGUCUCUGGUCAUCUGUACUGUGUCCGCAGUCUCUGGUCAUCUCCUGUACUGUGUCCGCAGUCUCUGGUCAUCUCCUGUACUAUGUCUGCAGUCUCUGUCAUCUCCUGUACUAUUCCACAGUCUCUGGUCAUCUCCUGUACUGAGUCCGCAGUCUCUGGUCAUCUCCUGCACCUGUGUCCGCAGUCUCUGGUCAUCUCCUGUGCUGUGUCCGCAGUCUCUGGUCAUCUCCUGUACUAUGUCCGCAGUCUCUGGUCAUCUCCUGUACUGUGUCUACAGUCUCUGGUCAUCUCUUGUACUAUGUCCACAGUUUCUGGUCAUCUUCUGUACUGUGUCUGCAGUCUUUGGU